AAAGAGGGGGUGUGGUCUGUGUGUGUGGGGAUGGGGAUGGGUAGAGAUUGAAGGGACUAGAGGAAGUAAAAGCGCGAAAAACAAGACUGAUGAUGUCACCAGUGCUGUGCAUGUCCUUCUUGGCCCUAGUCCUAUCAGGAGGAGCCUGGGCAUUUCCUCCCAUUGGGGACGGAGCCUCCACCCAUGUCAGCAUCACAGAAAAAGCCGUGCUACAGAAGGUCACAGAGGUGUGCCAAGCCAUUGCAGAGUCAGAGGGACGAGACUUCACCCCCACGGGUAACUCUGCUGAGGAGCUGGUCCAGGCCUGCCUGGGACCCAAAGCAACAGGUGAAGUGUCAGCAGCUAAGUUCAAAUCAGCCCUGAAUGAGAUCUACAUACAGAACGGACAGGUGGACAGAGACUUUGUCAACAGCCCAGCCCAUCACUUCAACUCAGAGGCGUUUGCUCUGGGCCGGCGCCUUAUAACUGAUGGGGUGGCCAGCAUCAAGGCCAACGUACAAAAGGAGAACUUCCUGGCUGCCAGAGAGACACUGGGGAGAGUACUACACACACUACAGGACUUCUACAGCCACAGUAACUGGGUGGAUCUGGGAUACACUGAACCCUACGCCAACCUGAUCCGCCCCGAUCUCCCACUGGAAAACCUGGCAGAUGUUAAAACCCCGACCUGCAGUGACUGUGCCAAUGGAGGGUUCUGUUCCAACUCCAUCCUGCCUAACAUCCUUAAUGAGAAGAAACUCACCUCUGGGUACAUGGGGAUCUUGUCCUCAGCUAAGCCUAAAGGUAAGUGUAGUCAUGGCGGUGCAGCUGACCUAACCAGCUCCAAGGCUCCUCGCGGGGGCAUCAGCAAGGAUGAGCGUCGCUCUGACAACGUGGCCCUGCACACCGCUGCUGUCACCGUGGCAACGACCGCAACCCUCCAGCUGCUGGAUGACAUCCGGGGCGCCGCCGGUGACAACAACUACCUACGCUUCAUGGGCAUAGCGCGUUCGUCAGUGGUUGUUUUUGUGAUCGACACCACGGGGAGCAUGAGUGAUGAUAUCCUUGAAGCCAAGAGAGUCGUCUAUGAGAUCAUCGACAGCAAGAAGGGAACGCAGGAUGAGCCCUCCCAGUACAUCCUGGUCCCAUUCAAUGACCCAAAGUUUGGACCCCUGAUAAAAACGACAAACCCUAAUGUUAUGAAAGCAGAGAUCGCUAACCUCACGGCUGAAGGAGGUGGAGACCUCCCUGAGAUGUGCCUAUCAGGGCUCCAGUUGGCGCUGACCGGUGCCCCUGCGUCGUCCUACAUCUAUGUUUUCACAGAUGCCGUUGCUAAGGACAUUGAAUUAAAGGAAACGAUCGUGGCCCUGAUCAGGAGCACCAAGUCAACCGUGUCUUUCUUCAUGACUGAUGAUGGUGCUGGUGCUAGAAGGAGGAGGCGUGGAGUAGAGUCCAGCGAAGCUACAUUCGAGACCUACAAGGACCUGGCGCUGGCGUCUGGUGGUCAGGCAAUCAGGGUCACCAAGGAAAAUCUGCCCCAGGCCACUGACGUCAUCAUCGACUCCUCCACCUCCGCUCUGGUGAUAGUCCUACAGCGAGCGAGGAACCCAGGCAGAGCUGAGACAUUCUCCUUCCUGCUGGACGAGUCUCUGAACAACAUCACCAUCUACAUCACUGGAAAGUCCCUCACCUUCACCCUGAAGAACCCUGCAGGUGUGACCCAGAAACAGAAUGAGGUCAACGGGGAACUGGGGACUGUCCAGACGGUGGGCAACCUCUUCCGGGUCCGUCUGGCCUCCAACAAACAGACAGGAUUAUGGGAAAUCAGCAUGAACUCCAACCAGCCCUACACACUGAAGGUCACUGGUCAGAGUACCAUUGCCUUCAUUUAUGACUUUGUGGAGACCUUCGAGGGACCUCAUCCAGGAUACGCCCUCAUCUCUGGCCGUCCACAAGCAGGCAUGCCUGCCAUGUUGUUGGUAUCCGUGUUGGGCAGAAAGGGCCCAGCCUCUGUCAAGGUGGCUGACAUUGCCUUGGUGACAGUGUCAGGGUCAGAGGUCGUAGGCGGGGCCCUGGAAGACAUGGGCAACGGGAAGUUCCUAGUUACGGUAACCAAGGUCCCUGCGGGGGAGUUUGUGGUGCUGUUGAACGGGACAGACGUGGUCUCCUCCACCGUGUUCCAGAGACAGUCCACCACUCAGAUGUCUGUCUCCAAGGUUACCAUCAAGGCCGUGGUGGACAGAAGCAUGGAGCCUGGUAAACCCUUCACCCUUCCCUUCACCGUCAUGACCAAUGCCACUGGAGGCAGCUACAAAAUCAGUGCCAGAAAUGACCGAGACUUCAAAAUGAACGUCCCCGGCAGCAUCGCUGUGACCACCGGAGGAAAUGCCACCGGUGAACUGACCAUCACGGUGCCCGCCAACACCCCCUCAGGAACAGACGUCACCGUGACCAUCGAGGCUGUGGCCCCCGGGGCGUCCGACUCCAACUACGCAGUCCUGCGCCUCUCUGUCGUCACCAAGGUGACAGAUUUCACCCCUCCCCAGUGUGAGAUGGUUAUCGCCUCGUCGGUCGACUGCCCAGCUGACUCAGCAGCCUGCAGCUCCGCCUUCUGGCAGCUCUCUGCCAACCUGACCGACGGUGUCAAUGGCACGGGCAUCACCAGCCUCAAACACCGCCAGGGAGCAGGCAGCCUCACCCACACGGACCUGAAGCAGACGGUUGUUGCAGCAGCGUUCAAUGCUUCAUGCUGCUCUCUGACAGUGGAGCUGGUGGCGGUGGACAAAGCCAUGAAUGUCGGCACCUGUCGGUUUUCCAUCGUCCGCAACGCGGGACCGCCCUCCAUCGCUCUGUCCCUCCCACUGUUGGUCUGUCUGCUGGUCUCUGCCCUCUUCACUACGUCCUUCACUGACUUACUUAUCUGAUUUUAACCUCAUGGACGGACUGACUGCCAACCCGAUACUACCUCUUAAACUUAAAGAAGAUACAUUUCUCAACCAAAUUUCUAUUUUUGAUGUAAAUGGCAUGUUAUAGAAGGGUUCAGAAUACCUGUUUUGUGAUUUCACCUGUUUUUGAGAACUUAUCCCAAAUAGCAAAUGACUUCCUCAUCCUCGUUGUGUAGUAUGAGGCUCUGAAAAAACAUGAACAUUAGGCUCCAAAAACACCCAGAUAUGUCCUUUUAGAAACGGCAAAGCUCUCAGUAUAGUGGUGCAGGUCUUUAGAUGUUGUACACAUGAAAUUGUGCCUUUCAGAACUUUAUCCGCAAUAUUAUAUUCCUUUUUUUCGCCACUCGAGACGUUUCCCCUCCUAUAUCGGGUGCUUUGGCUUAACUUUCUGAAGAUCAACAACGUUUUAUCCUUUCGCCACUCGAGACGUUUCCCCUCCUAUAUCGGGUGCUUUGCCUUAACUUUCUGAAGAUCAACAACGUUUUAUCCUUUCGCCACUCGAGACGUUUCCCCUCCUAUAUCGGGUGCUUUGCCUUAACUUUCUAAAGAUCAACAACGUUUUAUCCUUUCGCCACUCGAGACGUUUCCCCUCCUAUAUCGGGUGCUUUGCCUUAACUUUCUGAAGAUCAACAACGUUUUAUCCUUUCGCCACUCGAGACGUUUCCCCUCCUAUAUCGGGUGCUUUGCCUUAACUUUCUAAAGAUCAACAACGUUUUAUCCUUUCGCCACUCGAGACGUUUCCCCUCCUAUAUCGGGUGCUUUGCCUUAACUUUCUGAAGAUCAACAACAUUUUAUCCUUUCGACACUCGAGACGUUUCCCCUCCUAUAUCGGGUGCUUUGCCUUAACUUUCUAAAGAUCAACAACGUUUUAUCCUUUCGACACUCGAGACGUUUCCCCUCCUAUAUCGGGUGCUUUGCCUUAACUUUCUAAAGAUCAACAACGUUUUAUCCUUUCGACACUCGAGACGUUUCCCCUCCUAUAUCGGGUGCUUUGCCUUAACUUUCUAAAGAUCAACAACGUUUUAUCCUUUCGACACUCGAGACGUUUCCCCUCCUAUAUCGGGUGCUUUGCCUUAACUUUCUAAAGAUCAACAACGUUUUAUCCUUUCGACAGGAGGGGAUUUUGUCUUUCUUUAAACUUUCUUUAUUUUAUCAAACGAUGAUGAAAAUGUUUUUUUCUUUUUAUAUAAAUGAUGAUUGCCGAAUAAUGUUGACGGUAUACGGGGCGUGAUGACAUCACUUAACCAUAAAGCUCCCCUCUACACGUGAUGACAUCACUUAACCAUAAAGCUCCCCUCUACACGUGAUGUUAUCACUUAACUAUAAAGCUCCCCUCUACACGUGAUGUUAUCACUUAACCAUAAAGCUCCCCUCUACACGUGAUGACAUCACUUAACCAUAAAGCUCCCCUCUACACGUGAUGACAUCACUUAACCAUAAAGCUCCCCUCUACACGUGAUGACAUCACUUAACCAUAAAGCUCCCCUCUACACGUGAUGACAUCACUUAACCAUAAAGUUCCCCUCUCCAUGUGAUGUCAUCACUUAACCAUAAAGCUCCCCUUUACACGUGAUGACAUCACUUAACCAUAAAGCUCCCCUCUACACGUGAUGUUAUCACUUAACCAUAAAGCUCCCCUCUACACGUGAUUCUAAAUGCCUACUGCUUGCUAAAGCUAUUUCUCAACUAUAAACACAAUGUUUCUUUGCAGGAUCCUUGUCCUGACUUUCCAGAAUCCCCGAAUUGCUUCGCCUUGAUUUUCUGAUUGGCUGGAUACAAGUUUCAACAUCCAAUUAUUUCAGAUCUAUUAGAGUUCAAGUUUCACUGUGGCACCGUGGCGAUACGUUGGCACGUGAUGAUUAUUAUUAGAAUAUGACUAAUAUCAGUCAAGUCUUGCAUUCUAUUCAUGCUGGCUUUUGCCUGAGACGUGAAACAGAUCGGUUGGAGGGCAGACAGACUAUCACCUAUGUAUUAAUUGCCAAUUUGCCUAAAUGGUUAAUGGAAACACUUCAACCACAACGUUUUUAUUCAACCCUAUAGGUGUGAUGUCAUUACGUCCAUCUGUUUUUAUCAGUGGAAACGCGCAGUAGCAGGUCACUUUCUAAAUGUCUACAAAACAUCACCGGGCAAGUUAAUGGAAACAUAGCUAGUGAUGGCGCAAUUGGGCAUCAGGUUACUGUAUGAUAUGAUAAGGAAAGCUAAUAUGUUUAUUAACACCUAUCCAGGUGUUGUUAGAUCUGGCAGGCAUCUGCAAAGUUUUCAUCUGGGAACGUACCCAAGGCCAGGCAUCUGCAAAGUUUUCAUCUGGGAACGUACCCAAGGCCAGGCAUCUGCAAAGUUUUCAUCUGGGAACGUACCCAAGGCCAGGCAUCUGCAAAGUUUUCAUCUGGGAACGUACCCAAGGCCAGGCAUCUGCAAAGUUUUCAUCUGGGAACGUACCCAAGGCCAGGCAUCUGCAAAGUUUUCAUCUGGGAACGUACCCAAGGCCACCAUGAAAAUGAAUGUUUCUCGUGUAGAAAAGAGCCAGCAGCUUCUCUCAAGGCAAUUUCUCAACAUGUUACUUGCACUGUAAUAUUGAUGUUUUAAUGUUUGUCUCCAGUUUAACUCUCUGGCGUGAAUAAAAAGCUCUGCUGUCCUGCUGCA